CCGAAAGAAGCAACAUGGCUGACCAAUUAACCGAAGAACAAAUUGCUGAGUUCAAAGAGGCGUUUUCUCUUUUCGAUAAAGAUGGCGACGGUUCCAUUACUACCAAAGAAUUAGGAACUGUUAUGCGCUCUCUUGGCCAAAAUCCUACGGAAGCCGAAUUACAGGAUAUGAUUAAUGAAGUAGAUGCCGACGGCAAUGGUACUAUCGAUUUUCCUGAAUUUUUGACCAUGAUGGCCCGUAAGAUGAAGGAUGCCGACUCAGAAGAGGAAAUUCGCGAAGCUUUCCGCGUAUUCGAUAAGGACGGCAACGGUUUCAUUAGCGCUGCUGAAUUACGCCAUGUUAUGACUCAUUUAGGCGAGAAAUUGACCGAUGAAGAAGUCGAUGAAAUGAUCCGUGAGGCAGAUAUUGAUGGUGAUGGACAAGUUAAUUACGAAGAAUUCGUCAAGAUGAUGACAUCCAAAUAA